GAAGGAGGAGAAGGAGGAGGAAGUGGUCAUCCUGGAGAACAAAUAUCUUCGCGGACGAUAAUUUGUUUCCCGUUAUUUCCUACAUUACUUUUCGGUUGUGUCCAGACCUCUGUUCGUUUGUAAAUUGACGCUGAAGAACCGCUGACGUUAGUGUUUUGGUUUGUAGUUGCUGAUUCAGCAAAGGUGCAAUGAGCUGGUGACGUCAAUAGGAGCCACAGUCUGAGUGGUGUAAGACGUUACCAUGGAGGAAGAGGCCAAACCACUGCUGAGCUUUGUGAGCACUGAAGACAGUCACUCUCAAGGAGGCUCCGCAGACUCACUGGACUGCCUGGUAAAAAGGCCUUUCCAUGUCGAGCGCCAGAACAUCGUGGGUGAUGUGGCCCAGGCGAUAGUGUCUGAUGAGGCUGCAGUCCUUAACAGUAGAGUCCAUUACUACAGUAGACUGACAGGCUCAUCUGACAGGCUGCUGAGUCCUCCAAACCAUGUGAUUCCCGGGCCAGAGGACCUUUACAUUUACAGUCCUCUUGGGACGGCAUUCAAGGUGACGGACAGUGAGCAUUCUUCUAAAAACCCAAGUUUAGUCACAAUAUUUGCUUUAUGGAACACCAUGAUGGGCACGUCCAUACUCAGUAUGCCUUGGGGUAUCAAGCAGGCUGGUUUCACUCUGGGGAUACUAAUUCUCAUCUUCACAGGCCUGUUAAUGUUAUAUUGUUGUUACAUUGUCCUCAAAUCACCUCAAGCAAUACCAUAUGAAGACACAUCAGAAAGGGAAUUCCCUGAUGUGUGUAGGUACUACUUCGGCAAGUUUGGUCAGUGUUCCAGCUUGUUCUUCUCAAUGGUGUCACUUGUUGGAGCAAUGGUGGUUUACUGGGUCCUCAUGUCAAAUUUCCUCUACAAUACUGGACAGUUUAUCUACAAUUAUGCUCAUAAUGUCAGUGUAUCAGAUUCACAGUUUGGGACCAAUGGCUCAGAUAGAGUCAUCUGUCCAUACCCACAAACUAAACCUGGGGGGAACUUCAACGUCAGUGUGUCCUACAUUGAUAGCAGUGCCAGCAAUUCCUCAGAUUUGGACUCUUUUCAUUACUGGUGGAGCAAGACAAACACCAUUCCACUCUACCUCAUCAUCCUGCUGCUGCCACUACUAUGUUUCCGAUCAGCUUCCUUCUUUGCAAGGUUCACCUUCUUCGGCACCAUAUCCGUGGUCUACCUGAUAGUCCUGGUCUCCAUUAAAACUGCUCGCCUUGGCUUCCACUUGGAGUUCCACUGGUUCCAUGCACCCAAGUCCUUUGUUCCAGAGUUCCGACUGCUCUUCCCUCAGCUGACCGGUGUUCUCACUCUGGCUUUCUUCAUUCACAACUGCGUCAUCACAUUAAUGAAGAACAAUAAGCAUCAAGAGAACAAUGUGCGUGACCUGUCUGUGGCUUAUCUUCUUGUCGGUCUAACGUAUCUGUAUGUGGGAGUGUUGGUCUUUGCUGCCUUUCCCACACCUCCCCUGUUUAAAGACUGCAUCCAGCCGAACUUUUUGGAUAACUUUCCAAGCACUGACGUGAUGGUUUUUGUGGCUCGGGCUUGCCUCCUCUUCCAGAUGGUCACAGUCUACCCACUGCUCGGAUACCUGGUACGGGUCCAGGUGAUGGGUCAGAUCUUUGGCAACCCUUACCCCAGUUUCUUCCACAUUCUUGCACUGAACAUCUUUGUUGUUGGAGCUGGUGUGCUGAUGGCCACGUUUUAUCCCAAUAUUGGAUCCAUUAUACGGUUCUCUGGUGCCACCUGUGGCCUGGCCUUGGUUUUCGUCUUUCCUGCCUUAGUCCACAUGAUCUCAUUGAAAAGACAGGGGGCGCUAUGUUGGCCAUCGGCACUCUUUCACUCUUUCCUGAUCAUGUUAGGUGUGGUCAACCUGAUGGCUCAGUUUUUCAUGUAAAGAGCAUAUGGACCUGUAUGCAGUCCACACAACAAAGUGGAAGAUGUGCUGAAAUAAUACACGUCAACCAUAUGAGAAUUUUUUUAAUGAAAUCAUCGGUGUACAGGUCUGGGCACAAAUAUUUACAUCACAGUACUUUUUAGAGCUUGACCAAUAUGAUACUGAUAUUAUGGAGUAAAAAGUUACAAUACUGAAUUUCAGCUGAUAUGAACAUUAAAAUGGCAGUGAUUACAACAUUUUCUGGUCAAACCCUUAUGUCAAAGAAAUGUAAUUGAAGCUUGAUGUUUUACAGUUUAAACAUGAACUUUAUUAUUAAUAUCUAUAAAUAUAACAACCAGCCAAUCUAAGUUGCACUGCUGUUGCACUACUUUCACUUAGACGGGUAGUCGCUGUGUGGCAUUACUCAGUAUUUGCAUAAAAUAGGCUUUGUCUAAUUUGGCCCCACCUAGCUGGCAGCAUAGAGACCAUUUGUUUCUGAUCUGAUAAAAAAUAAAUGACACAUGGUCACUUUGCCUUUGUCCCUUCUAGCUAUUGUGACCAAGGGGUGAGGGGGUCCUAGCUGUCCUUGACAGUAUUGUAAGGAACACUGUCUGAGCACCCUAUGAUAGCCAAAGUAUGUAAUGACACUGUUUCUAACAGCCAAGGUGUUUUUUUGUAUUGUUUAUUCUGUAAAAUAAGUUUCCAUAGCAGCAACAAUAACAGUUACCGAUAUGGUCACAAAUGUGGCCACCAGGUGGUGGUUUGGCUGUUAUAUUUUUGACUGUUAUAGUAUUUACCAUUACACAUACUUAGGGUUUAUCGUAAACUGGGGAACUGGGAAAAAAAAAUUAAAAUGCUAGUUUCAUGAUGAAAGCUGAAUUUCUAACUGUAAUUAGAUCAAAAAGUAGACCACUGCUCCACAAAUAAUAUAAUGCAGGAUUUUCUAAAAAUCCUGAGCAGAGUCGAUAUGUGCAUUUGUAAUGCCACAGAAUUAUGAAUAAAUUGACACAAUUAAGAAAUAGGAGGAAUCUUACACUUGCAGUUGUUGAGAAGUGAUAGGAGUUACUGGAUUGAACCACUCAAUCUUCUCUGCACUACGGCAUGUUUUUCUGUACCAAACAGUGCAAUUAUAUUAAAAAAAAAAAAAAAAGCAACAAAACCUGAUGAACAGCACACAUUUCUGAAAUGAACAGAUGAGUGUAGAAUUCAGCAGCACUGAAAU